AGAACACCUCAGCGCUUUCAUGUUUUCUUUUACAUCAUAUAAAUGGCUGGUCCCUCAUCUGGGGAAGCACAUGGUACCGGGAUGCGCUUGGUCUGCAACAGUGUUCAGGUAUUGUAAUAUGUAUCAAAGUAAUAUCCCCAUUAAAUGCCAGGACCCGGGUCUCCCAGAAGAACGUUGCAUCAUAAUGAGAUCAUCAGUCUUCCAACGCUUCACAGGUUGGUGGUUUUAAUGUUGUGGCUGAUAGCAGUAAUUAAAACCGGAAGAACUUUGGGAAAGGUUUCAGUUAUAUUCAAUACAUUUGACAAUAAUAUUUAAACAACAACAUGAUGAAAUGUGAGAAGUUAUAUUUAAGUUAAUUGAUUCAAAAAAAAAAAUUUUACUGAAAAAAAAACUACACUUACCACUCAAAAAAGUUAAGGAACACUUUGAAAACACAUCAGGUAAUGUGCUAGGAAUGAAAACACAUUGCAUGAUGGAAAUGAAAAUGAUGGGGAAAUGAUGCUUUAGUCCAUUUUGUUGAAAUUUCAUUGCAGCAACUUGGUAGUUUGUAGGGCCCCCUCAGGCUUAUAUGCAUGCCUGAUACUCUACAAGCUAGACAACACCACCCAGACUGCCAUAAGGUAUCGGGAUAAAAGCUUUGGACCAAUUAUUUAAGUAUGCAAACAGUUCCUGGAGGAUGAAGGAAUUGAUACCACUGACUACUGGAAAUGUUCCUUUCAUUUUUUUUGAGCAGAUCGGGGCCGUAGAAACGUGGGCUCCGGCCCUGCAGGGAUCACAAAAUAAAUGCUUUCUCCGAACUGUUGACUCGUUAAUGGCCACAUGAGGGCCCCUACGUCCUCUCCGCCGCCUCCAAACCUCUCUCCUCAUUUCGAGCCUGUGCCAAAUUCCCUCCUCCUCCUCCUCCUCCUCCUCUUCUCUGCCUGCCAGUAGCCCCGCUCAGGCCGCGGAGGGGAGCAUUCACACCCCGCUGGCGGCGUUUAGCGGAUGGGGCUCUCAGUCUCCGCUUGAACCGGAGGGAGGGAGGAGGAGAAAGAUGAACGGUAACCCGUGUGCCCGCAGGCUGGCCCGGCGCUCCAAGUCCGCCCUGCUGGUCGCCGCGCUGGCCGUCCUGCUGGUCCAGACUCUCAUCGUGUGGAACUUCAGCAGCCUGGACUCUAGCAGCGGGGACGGAGGCGGCAGGAGCCGGGACAAGAGAGAGGACAGGAACGGGGGGCUCAACAAAGCCGACGGGGAGAACCCGCGGAGGGGGCUGCAGAGGAAGGGCGACCCGCCGCCGCCGCCGCUGCUCGGGAAGGCGGCUGUGCGACACAAGCUGCAGGCGGAUGUGUACCACUCCCACCGUCCUAAAGAGAAACUUCGCCUGGACAGCAACAAUAAUGAAAACUCCGUCCCCAAAGACUUUGACACCAUCGACAGCAACAGCAACCUGGGGGCGCGACUGCAACGUCAGCGAUUGUCAGUCGGCAACACCAAACACAAGUUGGAUAAGGCCCAAGCUCAAAACAUGCUGGACAAAUCUGCCAACGAGGUCCUCAAGUACCCCCCCAUCCAGCCCCGAGUAGUGGGUCACAAUCACAACCACAGCCACAUCCGUAAAUCUCACCCCAAGCUGCCGACCGUCCCAGCACCCGCUCAGGGCUCCAAUCAGGAUCCCCCGUUCUACCAGACGAAGAAGCCGGCCUCUCUUGUGAUGCCACCCGGUCUGGGGUCAAGGAAGGAGCAGCUGCAGUGUGAGAUCAGCGGGAAAGAGGCCAUUUCAGCUCUGUCCAGAGCAAAGAGCCGGGAGUGUCGGCAGCAGAUAGUAGAGGUGUACUGCAAACACAAAGAGAGAGCGCUGAUGCCUGAGAAAGUGCCUCGAUACUGCCCCAUGGAAGGUAAGGCUAACAUCAAUGUACAGUGGGAUGAGGGUGUCUCAGAUGCGUCUCCGCCUGUGCGGAUCGCCUUCGUCCUGGUCAUCCACGGCCGCGCCUCGCGUCAGUUCCAGCGCCUCUUCAAAGCCAUCUUCCACACGUCGCACUACUACUACAUCCACGUGGACCAGAGGUCCAACUACCUCCACAGAGAGGUGCUGUCUCUGGCCAGCCGCUACCCAAAUGUCCGAGUGACUCCCUGGAGGAUGUCCACCAUCUGGGGCGGGGCCAGUCUAUUGACCAUGUACCUACGCAGCAUGGAGGACCUCCUCAGAAUGGCUGACUGGUCCUGGGACUUCUUCAUCAAUCUCAGCGCGGCCGACUACCCCAUCAGGACCAAUGAACAGUUGGUGUCUUUCCUGUCCAAAUACCGCAACAUGAACUUCAUUAAAUCUCACGGCAGAGACAAUGCACGUUUCAUCCGUAAGCAGGGUCUGGACCGCCUCUUCUAUGAGUGCGACACCCACAUGUGGCGUCUUGGAGACCGUAAGAUCCCAGAAGGCAUCUCCGUGGAUGGAGGCUCUGACUGGUUCCUGCUCAACAGGCCCUUUGUGGAUUAUGUUGUGAACUCCGGGGACGAGCUGGUCAGCAGCAUGAAGCGCUUCUACACUUACACUCUGCUGCCUGCCGAGUCGUUUUUCCACACCGUGCUGGAGAACAGCGCCCACUGCGAGACCAUGGUGGACAACAACCUGAGACUCACCAACUGGAACCGCAAACUGGGCUGUAAGUGCCAGUACAAGCACAUCGUGGACUGGUGCGGCUGUUCGCCAAAUGACUUCAAGCCCUCAGAUCUGCCACGCUUCCAGCAAGCCUCCAGACCAACUUUCUUCGCCCGUAAGUUCGAGGCCAGCGUCAGUCAGGAGAUCAUCAGCCAACUAGACACGUACCUGUUUGGAGCACAUGCCUCAGGCACCCCGGGCCUUCAGGCGUACUGGGAAAAUAUCUACGAGCAGGAGACGGACAGUCCCAGCAGCCUUUCGGACUCCACGCUCAGCCACUACCACGCCUUUGCUCGUAUGGGACUGUUACGUGCCGCCGGCUCACUGCAAGGGCAUCCCAACGACAACAGCUGCAGGUACGUCGCCGUGAACCACCCGGUGUCCGUGCACCUCUACUUCCUGUCAGACCAGUUCCAGGGGUACCUGGUGCGUCAUGAGGCCAGUAACCAAGCCUCCACGCAGCUGGAGAGCUUGGAGACCUGGGUGACUCCCAAAGACCACUUCAGCCUGGCCAGCCCGUCACACCCCUCCAACAGGCUCCAGCAUGUCCAGGUCGGGACAGACUGGGAUCCCAAAGAGCGUCUCUUCAGGAACUGGGGGGGCCUGCUGGGACCCGAAGACGAGCCGGUGGCAGUUCAGCGCUGGAGCCGUAGCCAGAGCAACCUGACUGCCACCAUAGUGUGGAUCGACCCCACCAACGUCAUUGCUGCCACCUACGACAUCCUGGUGGACGCCUCGGCGGAGGUCACGCACUACCGGCCGCCGCUCACCUCCCCUUUGAGGCCUGGCGUUUGGACACUGAGGGUGCUGCAUCACUGGAAUCCACUGGGCCAGACCAGCUUCGUCGUAGCCCCUCUAGAGUUUCAUCGACAACAGCCCAUUCAGCAAGAGGACGCUCUACGGCUGCACGGGGGCCCAGCUAGGAACUCCUACAUGGAGCAGAGUUUCCACGGCCUCAAUCCAGUGCUGCGUUUGCCGGUGAGCCUGGGCGCCGUGGAGGAGGCCGAGGCCAACGCCGGCCUGACGGGGGUGCCGCUGCGGCGCUGGUUCGACGGGCUGCUGGAGGGCCACUGGUCGGCCUCGGACGUCUGCUCGAUGGGCCCCAGCGCCUGUCCCGUCAUGCAGCGCUGCCGCCUCACGGCCUGGAGCUCCGCCAGCCCCGACCCCAAAUCUGAACUGGCCCCACCCAGAGAGAACGGACGAAUAAGGUAGCAGUACGCCCGACUUUAGGAACGACGAGCGGACGACAGAGGAGGGAGACAAAUGAAGGAAGAAGGCACGGGGCUGAUGUCCCGUUUUGUGUCGGCUAUUUAUUUAUUUAUAGUUUGAGCGAAAGAGAAGGACAGAUGGAAUGGUGGAAAGAGGUGGAACGGAUUCAAAUGCUGAGGAAAAUGUUCUCUUUCGGCCUGCUCUCAUUUUUUAUUUGGGACUACAAAGUUUGUGUGUGCCUGAGUGAAUGAAGGAAUGUGUGUUGAAGGAUGAACUCUAUACCUCUUUGCUGGUCAAGUGUCCCCCCCCACCCCUCCCCCUAAUUUAGGGCAUACUUUAAAUGGUCGCAAGCUCAAAAUGGACGUGGUCGCUCAUUUUAAGGCUCAUUGUUUAAAGCCCACAUUUUUGAAAUCCAGACUCCGAAAUUUGACAUUCAUUCUGUCUGAACCAAAAAAAAAAGACGGAUAAAAAGAUAAUAAUGACUCUUACCAAGGUGCCAUUGUUUGCUGCCGUAGCUGCUGCGUUCCUGUAAUUCAUUGUAACUGUCACAUGCCUAAUAACAGGAGAGUCUCUUGAUUAGUUGGAUGUUGAUACGGCUUCAAGCUGAAUUAAUUAUCCUCGGUGUUUAUCCGAACCUGGCCGACCUAAUCUGAUCAAUUCUGAAAGGAGAGCGUUCCGUAAUAAUUCAUUAAUCAGUGAAAUUAGAAAAUUAGAGAGUUGGAGAGUGGUGGAAGAAGAUUAUUUACUCAAGUGAAAGCCUACGACAAUACAAAAAAAACUACAUUAGGUUCGGACAGUGUAAACUAUAAAACUAUUUCAAUAACUUUCUAUUAUUACUCAUCUGUGUGGUUAGAUGAAGUAACAGGCAGUACUGCUGUCAGAUCAGGGUUCCUGCACAUUCAAAGUUCCAUACUUGUUCCAGAUCUUAAUUUCCAGACUAUACGGUAAAAAAAAAAAAUCUAAUUUAUGGCAUUUGAGUAAAUAGUUGUGUAUCGUGUGAAUAAAUCAUGGAAUUAAUCGUUUGAAUAUAUAUGCUGUUAUGUCACUGAAGAUCAAACCCAGAUAAAUUCAGUGCAAGUUUUUUUUUAUUGUAAGUUGAACAUGAAUCAUCCAUGAUUUCUUUUAAUUUUAUUAAAUAAUAUUCCAUACUUUUCCGUACUUGCGUAGGAACCAUGUCAGAUAGAUGCAUAUAUAUAAUGAGGUAAACUGUCUCUAAAUCAAGUGUUUCUCCAGUGCUUUGGUAAAGAUCCUCUCCUCCAACAACCAGGCAAACGUGUUUUCCCUCGACACUGAUCAGCUCUGUGUGUCAUGUGGUUCUCUUUCUGUCUGAAUGCUACUAACAUCUGCCACGCUGGAAGAGAUUCCUCUUCCCUCUCCCUUUUACCCUGCACAUUUUUGUUUUUUUUAAUCCGCUCUCUGCUGUACAACUGGUGCGAAGUGUACAACAGCUAAGUGAAUAAUUUAUUCAGAAUAUUAUAUAUAUAUAUUAAAAAAAAACAUAUAUAUAAAACUUUUUUUUCUGUUUUAGUCAAUGACUAAUUUUUGAUACGCUGAUAUUUGGUGCAGCGCAUUGAGAUUUGUUUUCUGGACAAAAAUGUUUGCCUUUGUUUCUAAAGGCUGAUGGUAAAUGUUGGAGUUGAGUGGCCUCCUCCUCCUUCACCUCCUCCUUCUCCCAGAACUAAAAUCAUCCCAUAUAUCCGGGACAGUGGGUAACAUUUAAGAUAUUUUAUGAUCAUUUAUCUGUAAGAUGUUCAAUAUAAAAAGCAGUGUGAGUAAGUGCACAUCAAAGGUGCAUUUAAUCUAAAUGACACUGUGCCUCCACUUAAAGCUGUAUCAUCAUAUUUCAGAAAUAAGUUCUUGAACAUUUCGUGACACUUGUUCUGGAUAAAGCAGAAGAGGAGGAGGAGGAGGCCACCCAAGACAUUCAGAAGCACCUUUCCAUGCUGCUCAGUGACGUGCCAAACAACUGACUCAGUAAAAUGUCAUGCCAGCGCUGGACUGCACCAGUAAAGAUAAAGGCUUAUAGGUUUUUUUUUAUUUUGUUUUUUUUUCCAACCAAUCCAUAACAAUCCUUUCUCAGUAAAGCAAACUUGGAAGCCCUGCUCUUGGUUUUAUGAGCGUGGUUUUAAUUUGAGGGUCGGGUAUCGCUACUGAUUUCCUGAAUGAAUUUAAUUCACAAGGUUUUAAAUCAGUUCAUUUUUGAGAUGUUGCGGUUUUUUACUAUUUUUGCUUUGGAGACUCGUAGUGUGUGAUGUGGGUUUGCUUUUGUCCAGCUCUUCCCAGAGAUGUAGCUUCUAUUACGUUUCUCAAAAUCUCGUUUUAUGAACUGAUAGAAAAAGAUCAAUUUGAGCCCUUUGAAUUAUUUUGUCGUAAGAAACACUGAACACGAACAACACAUUUAAAUCAGAAUGGGAUCUUGAUGCCUGAGAUCAGUGUUAAACUUAAUAUCCUCUGUACAAUUCAUGCUCAGUUAUAUUGUUCAUUACCAAAAAAAGACAACAUAUAUUUCCAUUUUUAAAUAAAUUAUUCCAGGGUCUUAAGUUGCCAUAAGGCCUAGGAUAUUAUUGUUUGGACCAAAACUGGAGACCAGACUGUUUAUUAUUUUUUUUUCCUAAUCACGAGGGUAAAGCUCUCAAUGAACUGUGACAGUCAGGACUCAAAGUGAGAGAUUUACUCUGUAAAUAUUAUACAUAGUUUUAAUUUUAAAUGACGUUCAGCCACUCGUGCACUAAAGCAGCAGCGUACGCAACCACGAGAGAGACCUGGAACAUUAGUAAAUGACACUGCAUCGAACAAAAAGUUGCGAAAGGUACGAAACUAAUUAUAUUAUUAUUUUGUUUGUGCGCCAAAUUAAUUUUAAAUUUAAAUUUCAGGGCCAUUUUACCUCCAGUGUGUUUCUCAUAUGAUGAGUGAAUCCGUGUAAAGUAGUAUUUUGUAAAAAAAAGAAAAAAAAAAAGAAAAAGUACUUAGAUGAUGUACAGAUUUUAAAUUAAUGACUAGCAAGGUCCAGAUGUUUGGACGCAGUUGCUGUGAUGGUGCCACAGAAGUCAUGUGACUUUUUUUUUUUUUAAAGACAUUUGUGUGUGAAAAUAUUAUUCGGAUUCUGGAUGAAAAUCCCAGCUGAGAGGUUUCAUUUUUAUGCUUUGUUUUGUUUGUUUGUUUUAUUAUCCCUCCACACGUCUGUUUCAUAUCCAGUAGCAGCCUGUUUGUCCUUCGUAUGUGACAGUCACUGGCUCUUCUUCGUCGUCGUCUCUCGCUGGGAAUUGUGCCGUGCCUUACCUGUACUCCUGUCUUAGGAAACCCUCUCUGAAAGCAUCACAAACUGUCUGAAAUGUCCAAAAACCAAACAAGGGGGGAAAAAAAACACAAAAAACGAAAUUGUUGUGAAUGCCUUAUAAAUUACCUUAGUGGUUUUGAAGUACAAUUUUUGAAAAUAAAACUGGAUCUCCUUA